UUCUCCUCAUAGCCCCCGUGCCACAUCAAUGUUCCGCAUUAUAUGAGUAUACGGCGAACCCCGGUUCUUCUUUAGUAAAAAAGAAGAAGAAUAAACGAAUUCUUUCCAUUUAGAAGUAGAAGAUGUGGAAGAUCAUUGGCUCAUCAAUGGCGGGGCUCUGUAAAUCACAGAAAAAGCAGUUGCAAUCUUUACUUCUCAGUAAUCAAAUGCUACUUAUCUUGCCCUUGCAUCAGAAUUCCAAUCUUCAUUAUCAUUUUACAACUAGUAGUCCAUAUUUUUUAUGCAAGGUGGUUGGUCAAAACUCAAUGUUUGGUACUCUCAGUGAAGUGGGAAGAAGAGCCGGCAGUCGUCUUUUUGUUAGUUCCUCUCAGGUAAGGCAUAUGGCGAAUGAAGCUACAGGACCUGUAGGUACUGAUUCUAAACUUCAUGGGGCAGCAAGUGAUGGGAUUGAGAAUGAUAAUGAAAAAGUGAACAGGAAGAAGCUGAAAGGAAAAAGAGCCGUCGUAAAGUGGCUGAAGAAUUUCAGAUAUAAGAAGAAGAAAGAGUAUGAACGAAUGACAGCUGAAGAGAAAAUAUUGUAUAAAUUGAGGAAGGCUCGAGAUAAAGAGUCUAGACUCAUGGAAGCUCUCAAGAAGAUCGAACCUCCAGAUUCAGAAGCAACCCAUGAUCCUGAAAUAUUGACACCAGAGGAGCACUUCUACUUCUUGAAGAUGGGUCUCAAGUGCAAGAAUUAUGUGCCCAUAGGAAGGCGUGGGCUCUACCAGGGCGUAAUUUUAAACAUGCAUUUACACUGGAAGAAACAUCAGACGUUGCAAGUUAUUGUGAAGACAUUCACAUCGGAAGAGGUCAAGGAGAUUGCAUGUGAGCUGGCUAGGUUGACUGGAGGUAUAGUGCUUGACAUACACGAAGAUACCAUCAUUAUGUACAGAGGGAAGAACUAUUCCCAACCACCAACAGAGAUUAUGUCUCCCAGGAUAACUCUCUCAAGAAAGAAGGCCUUGGAUAAAUCCAAAUACAGGGAUGGUCUUCGGGCCCUCAGACGGUUCAUUCCCAGGCUGGAACAAGAUCUUGAGUUGCUUAGGGCACAGGCACUGCAUAGAGAAACUAAACCAGAAAUUCCAGUGGAAAGCCAGGAGACUGGGUCUGGAAGCGUUAAUCAUGGACGUAAUUCCAACCAAUUUAUGGAGAGCUCUGCACACAACUUUGCAAAUAUAACAACUGGAUAUGAGGAGCUGGAUGGGAAAGAAUCAGCAAUGACAGAAUCAGAAAUGACGUCAGACUCUGAAGGAGCUUUAUCUGAUAUAUUUGAGACAGAUACUGAUGAGGAUGACAAUGAAGAAGAUGCAGCAAGGGUGAAAGAGAAGCCUAAUCUUUAUUUGGAUGAGUUUGAAAAAUUUCCAACUGUUGACAGAGAGACAGAGGAUUUUGAAGAGUAUGUUCGUCGGAUCUCUGCAGACUCAAAGAAGACUGACCAGUCGGAGAAAGAUGUGAAAUUACCUGACCUUGAUGAGGUCGACAGGAUAUUCCUAAGUGCCGGCUCACUAUUGAAGAAAAAGAAGACUCGAAGAUAAGUAAUUAGUCAGGUACUUAUAUAAAACUUGGCAAAAAGUGUUGCAAUGUUUCAAUUUACAGGAACAGAAGUAGUUGUUUAAAUUACACUAGAUAGUGUAACUUUUCGUAUGCACCACCAUCAUUUCCUUGUUAAUCCUGUAAAUUGGAUAGAGAUGUGUUUGUAAUCUCGUUUCCCUUAGAAAUUUUCACCUCUACCGUCUCAGAAAUCCUGAUUUGUGUUCCUGGUACUGGGAAGAGUGAGUUUCUCCUUCAUGAAGUUUUAAGUUCUUUAACAAGAUUCAUGUCAA